AUGGGUCUCUUGAUAAGUUUAUCGCUAGCCAAAAAGUCAUCAGAUCUUGACUGGAUUUCCCUGUAUGGGAUCGCACUAGGGGUUGAUCGAGGCCAAGAGUACUUACACAAUGGGUCCAAAGAAAGGAUUGUGCAUUUCGAUAUAAAACCACAAAAUGUCCUACUAGAUGACAAGCUUUCCCACAAGGUUUUCGACUUUGGCCUCGCCAAAGAAAGCGUAUUGUCACUUGUUAUAACGGAUGAGAGAAGAAACAGUAAAAGUAAAGAACACGACACAGAAUUAAAGUGGUUCACCAACGAUGUGUUGGCUACAUCCACGGGCAAAGGAGACUGA